CCGCUAUGGUGUAUCACUUUCAAGUUUCUGAGCUCAAACUCUCCUCUCAUCUCAUCUUCAUAGCUAUACACACAGCGUAAUAACUGUCCCUCGUUCUCAACAAUGGCAGUGUCCACUGUGCUAUCUAUUACCGGCACCGGAGCCGGAAACCCGUUUACCGGCAAGUUCCGGCCACUGGGUCUCUUUGAAUCGAAGUUCUACGAAAGACCCAGAAAGCCUUAUGGUUCCUCAUGCAUGAAUGGGCAUCAUUUUCCACACCACAAGUGCAUUUGGAGAAUACCCAGUAACAGAAACCUCAAUUUCAAGUCAAAGGACUCGUCUUUAGUUCUGGCUAUUGGCAAAGAGAACGUAAGCGAAGAUACAGAUGAUAUGUAUGAUGAAUUGUUUAAUAAAUAUGGAAAGGUGGUAUUCAGAAGAAAGGACCAAAAGCCUCAGAGUGCAGAGGUUGAUGAUGAUGCUGAAAGCUUAUCAUUUGCUGUGGAAUUGGCGAACGUUGCAAGUCAGGUGAAGGCAGCUGAUAUAAAAGUGCUAUUUGUGAAGCCUCUUGUGUAUUGGACUCGAUUUUUUAUCAUUACCACUGCAUUCUCUCGCCCUCAGAUUGAUGCUAUUGGGUCAAAGAUAAGAGAUCUAGCUGAGAAGAAGUAUGGGAGAGUUCCAUCUGGGGACACAAAACCCAACUCUUGGACGUUGUUGGACUUUGGUGAUGUAGUUGUCCAUAUAUUUCUUCCUCAACAGAGAGCUUUCUACAACUUGGAAGAAUUUUAUGCUAAUGCAACACCCAUUGAGCUGCCUUUUGAAAACCAACCACCAUUUCGCGGAUGAAAAGUUUCUUGAUUUGUUCAGUCGAAGACUUAUGCCAAUGGCUACAGUUGUUGACAAGCUUAUCAAGGAGCAAUUUCCUUGCUGCAAUUCAGUUUGCUUGAUAUAUACAUUCACCACAAAGCUUAUGACAACACUGAACAUUGUUGACUGUGAAUUACCGUGCUCAGGUUGCUAGCAUGAUGGUCAAUAAUUAAUCAGUAAUAGCAGGAUUGGUUUCAGCUUUGUUGUAAAUUUAUCUUCCUGGCUACAGCCCUUGUAAUGAUUCCCUCUUGGUAUUCUUAAGAGUAAAAGUUAGCAUUGUUUGUAGAAAUGCCACUCAUUUGAAUGAUUGUUAUGUAUUUUGCCUCUUUAUUUGGAAUUUCUUGUGAAUUUUGUUCUA